AUUGAGGAUGUUUGUUUUGGACGGCUCAAAUUAUCAGGGCAAUAUCAGCUAUAGAAGGUUCAAAAGUUAAUGAAGCUGAGUAACUUACUUUUAAGAUAAUCUGUGACGUCGCUAUAAAUGCGUCCAUAAAAUGAGUUGUUGCCCGUCGGAGUAGAGGAGAUGAGAUUUCUGCGUGGUGUUGGAGAGAUUGCGGCGACUCCCGCUAAACGAUUAAAAUCGACGUUGGGUGUAGCUCUUUGAAGGACAGUUGACAUUUUAGUCACGACAAGAACCGAUGUCUCCACACAAGUGAUUGUGCAAACAGGAUUUUGAAAUAAUUACUCGUAGUCAUGAAAUGGACGCCAGUAAUAAACACAAUAACGAUGAAAUUCAGUAUCACGGUUUACUAGAAACGCAAUACGCUGGUAGCGGCUUAUGACAUUUUUAUUUGCAAUCCAUUUUGAUCUCACAUCUUGAUACUCGAUUCAUUGUCACAUAUACGAUCGAAAAUACGGUAUCUAUUUGUCCGCCUCCAUGGUGUGACUCUUAAAAUAUUACAUUUCCUUAGAAACCCAUACAAAGACGUGGUAAUUUAACAGCUAGCAUUUGUAAAUUGGGUCUCUGCUCGAGGAUAAAGGAUCAAUGAAUAUACCUAUACAUCAAGCAUGUGAUCAGGAUCGUGGACAUUAACAGACUAACAGCAAAAUGAGGAAAACGUGUGAUCCCGAAUCUGAGAGAAUAUACCCCAGUGGCCUGUCUACGCCUUUCAGUUGGAAAUAAACCAUAGUUUGAUUUUGCGGAUUAUGAGCUAUCUAUAUCGGUAUAACAAGAAAGAAUGUUUAAACAAGUAAUUGUUAAGUUACGAUUCAUCCCAUAAAUAUAAGUGCUAUAUCAGAAGAGUUUGCAGCAAUGGAUAGUCUCAAAUUUGAGACCCUGAACGUGACAAAUGCCACCCCUGAGUCACCGCCGUUACACGAAACGAACAGUCCCCAAGCGAUAUCGGAAGCUGUUACCCUCGUCAUCAUCAUGAUCGCAUCGUUCUUCACAAACAUCUUGGCCAUGACGCAGAUCUUGACGUCGAAGAAGCUGAGGAAGAACCAUCACAACCUCCUGAUCGCCAACCUCAACGUCAUUGAUCUUGGAAUCACUCUCUUCAGCAUGACGUUCUCCGUAGCAGCCAUUUUCGAUGAUGGGUACCUUUUGAGGAAUAACGCGACUAUCUGCACGAUCAAUGGGUUCUGUGCCAUCACGUGUAGCGUUGGCAAUUUCACCAACGUCAUGUGCAUCGCCGUUGAUCGUUACAUCUCCAUUGUCUGGUCGACCCGUUUUCCACCAACUCGAAAUCGAGUGUACUGCAUGAUUGCUUUCGUUUGGGUAGUCAGUGUCACAAUCACCUUGCCACCGACGUUUGAGUUCCUCUCUGCAUUCGAGUACACCGAGAAUACCCACCAUUGCUCUCCGAGUUGGAACGUGCAUAGUUACUUCUAUAUCUGGUUCACGGUUAUUUUCGGUGUAACAGUGCCCGUGAUGAUCAUCUGCUACGCAUGCAUCAUCUACCACAUCCGGAAGAGCGAUCGGAAGCUCCGCGUUUACGACGGUAUGAAAACCAGCGGGAAAAUAUCCAAGCAACUAUCAGGGUCCAGAUCCAGCGGAAGCCCGCAGGGUUCAACAAAUCUUAGGCCGAAUGCAGGAUGCCCCACACAUCACAAUCAAAUGCUUCAGCCGAAUGUAAACGCCGAGCAUCCAAACCUAGGGAAGCACAACAGUGACGGUAUCUCUGAAGCACGUGUGAACCGAGGAUUUCACGGCGACAGUCUCCAUCUUCGUGAUGUUAUCGUAGACAAGUAUGAACCCAGGAUUGUGGGACCAGGACCCUAUGUAAUUUCUGGACAGAGGUGCAGUCUAUCACCGACACAGUCCUUACCGAUCUUACCGAUAGGUGACUCAGGAACCCAGGCAUCCAGCAGUGCCAAUGGUCAGCGUGGGACUGGUUCAGCUCAAACCGAAUCGAAGACAGAAGAGCAUGAUCAGCGUACGAGGAGGCACGCGGACUCGGACCAAAGUGUGAAUCAUGACAAUAUCCUAAAUAAGAUGUCAGCAAGGAAACUAAGCGUAGAAAAACGGGUGGCACUGACAGGUGCCAUGCUGAUACUCACCACGAUAUUCUGUUGGGCACCGUACUGCAUCAUACACUUCCCACAUUUCCCACCCGCUAGUCAUUCCUGGGCUGCCGUCACCAUGUGGAUGGCAUACGCGAAUUCCCUUUUGGAUCCGCUUGUUUAUGUCUUCAUCAAUAGGAAAGAGAGCACUGUACAACACCUGAUGACCAUCGUAAGAACCUGCUGCAAUGUACCAAGAAAGACGUGGAGCCGUCUUUGUUGUCGGGGCACUGACAGGUGACUUUAUUUCUUUGACAAAAACUCAUCCUGUGGAUAGUACCCGUCAAGUCCUUGCUACAUAAGUCAAAGCAUCUGCCUUUAUCAAGAAGACUAAUUGGAUUAGGUAUAGGCAAAAUGAAAGGUCUAGACGCGGCGGUCUUGGGUUGAUGAAAAGGAACGAUCAGAAAAAUGAAAGAAACACCAUUUUGUGGAGCAUGGAAUUUCAUAGGGUGACACUUAGAAUGUAUUUUAAAAAGACUGUCGACUGGUUGGCCUCAUCUUCACGAUAGACCCCAUAUCAUACAGGCCAAGGAAUCUGUAUUGAUCGAGACGCAUUUGUAUGCCAAGAGAAUACAAUAGUUUCAAGAUCCUCUAUUUAAAAUUUAACAGUUAAAUAUUCAAUUGGAAGUGUUUUUUUACUAGUACUGACUUUUACUCGUAAAUGAGUCCAGUUGUUGUGAUCGAGUUCGAUGUCAUCCGCAAAGAGGUUUGCAGUAUUUUCUCGACAAAGCAUUACGUUCCAUACGGAGUGGAACAUCUUAUGAACAUCCUUGACAGGACAAAAUGAAUAAGACAGGAUAACAUUGAAUGUUAAAAUAAAAAAAAGACCCACAUUCUCUCAACUUUACAUUGGAGAUACUUAAUGUCCAGAAUUGAGAUUCCUACGUUUCUCUAGUAUAAUCUAAUACUGAGGACCCUAUAUACCUCCCAGUUGAAGAUACACUACGUCAUGUGAUUCUUUGACACAUUUUCUCCUUUAAAUGUUUUAGGUUUUCAUAUUUAAAGAAAAUAUCUUUUCAAAACGAAGAGAAUCCCUAAAUUAAUAUUUACAAAUUUUAUGAAUAUACGUUCAAGAUUGUAACAUCUUGAAAUGUAAAAUGAAUUUCAAAAUGUAGCAUCAACUUUUUUUCACAAUAAAAAAUCGAUAUCAAAAAUGUAACUAUUGCCAUCCUUUUGUAAUUUUUGAAUGUAAGACGAUACUCCAGUGUUAUUCAAACUAUGGAACACAUACCAAUUUUUAGACAGGCUUUGAAGGUAAAGGAAUUUGCUACAUGAGAAUCGUAGUCUUUUAAAGAGACGAGGAGGUAUAAACAUAUACAUGUAAGUACCUCGACCAAUAAUAGUAACACCAUUAAAAUCUUCAGAUGAUAUCACUCUUUUACGAGCUCUAGUUUUCGCCUUUAUAACAUUUUACAUUCUAUAAUUUAUUACCUUGAAAUAUAAAAAAUUUAACGUAUACCACCAUUUUCUUUAGACAACAUUACUAGGGUAUUAACACAUCUGUACCCCUCAGAAUUAUAACGAUGACACAUCAUGUGGAUUUACUACAGUUACAAGGAGCCGUGGAUUCCUUUCUGGCAUGUUUAUAUUCGUCUCCUCUUUAAGAGAAUUCAUAUUUGCAUUGUUUCGAACCAUGCAGUUGUACGGUAUGGUACUGCUGUCCAUAAACGUCAAAAUGUAGUAAAAGGGGUUUUACAAACACCAUCGGAUCCCUGCUUUUAAGAAACCAUUUCUAUCAUAAUAUAAAAAUAAGAUGAUCAAAAUAGAAUUGAAAAUUAGAGCAAGUCAAGUAAAUUAAUUUUAAUUUUAAUUUUCUGUUUAUUUAUAUCUUACGGUGUCAGAGGUGGCACAGGGAUGAGAAGGAGGGACAAGAUGAUCCAAGAUAAGUUAUUUUCUUUCAUAGCUGUAUUGUAUUAUAUUUUCCUCCCUCUUUUUCAUCACUCAUUUUAUUUUAUUUUAUGCAUUUUGUAAUAUUUAAUGUUAAUUUUUAUUUGUUUUGUGCAUAUUUGAUAAUCAUGUUUAUGUUCUAUAUCUGUUUGUACAGGUGGGGGCUCCGUUGUAAAGCAGCUUUUAUAACUGAACCGGACUACCCUCCCCCUUGUUUUAUUUUAUAUAAUUUUAUAUAAUUUGUAAGGAAAGGGCGAUCGCCCCUUUCUCCAUGUAGCACUGCCCCCGAUUGUAUUUCAUAUAAUCAUAUUGUUAAUAGUAAAAUAUAUUCAUUUUCCUUUUGAAGAGACAGAAAUAUCAUGUGUAACGUAGUAAUUGUACGGUGCAUAAUAAUUCGUAAUUUUACCGAAAUGUUGGCUGGCAAGCGAAUUCCAUGUUUGAAUGCUGCCUUGAAACCCUUUGAGCAUUGAAAAAAUUACAUACAUAGCGGCGUACGUUUUACAAAAACACAAUCAAAGCACUUCCUCAAAAUUCUGACACCUGCACUUCUUUAUUUCUUGCUAAUGAGAAUAUUUCUUUCACAUUUUAUUAUAGCGUAUAAAAAUGGGAGGGGAGGGCUCGUGCCCCCUUGCACAACCGUACCCCAUACGUCUCUUCUAUUGGCCAUAUGUGUCUUGGAAAACUAUUUUGAUAUUGUUUUAUCUAAUUAAUGAUAACAAACAUUAUCCCAAUAAAUACAUAUAGGUGCUAGAGUA